AUGAACAAACUUCUUGGAGCGGCUAUAGCGUCGGCGUUACUGCAAAUUCUACUUUGCUAUACCGCCGUGAGCGGCGUCAGCUGGGAAGAAUGGUGGACCUACGACGGCAUUUCAGGUCCAGCGUUUUGGGGCUUGAUCAACCCCGAGUGGUCUCUAUGCAACAAAGGACGGCGACAAUCACCGGUCAAUCUAGAACCGGAGAAGCUGCUCUUCGAUCCCAAUCUCCGAUUUUUACACAUAGAUAAGCAUAGGAUCAAUGGCCUCAUAAGCAACACGGGCCACUCAGUCAUCUUCACCGUUGAAAAUGAAACCCGACACCACAUUAAUAUUACCGGAGGACCUCUCUCGUACAAAUAUCAGUUCCAUGAAAUACACAUACACUAUGGCCUACAUGACCAGUUCGGAUCUGAACAUGCUAUCAACGGAUACUCGUUUCCUGCAGAGAUUCAAAUAUUUGGUUUCAACUCACAACUUUAUUCGAAUUUCUCAGAAGCUCUACACAAAGCUCAAGGAAUCGUUUCUAUUUCUUUACUGUUGCAGUUGGGAGAUUUAUCAAACCCUGAACUCAGAAUAUUGACAGAAGAAUUGGAAAAUAUUAAAUACGGUGGGGCUGAAAUGCCAGUUAACCGUCUGUCAGUCAGAGGUCUAUUACCGGAAACGGACUAUUAUAUGACGUACGACGGCUCAACUACGGCACCGGCCUGCUACGAAACUGUUACAUGGAUUAUUAUCAACAAACCUAUUUACAUCACUAAACAGCAGCUGCACGGCCUGAGGCGAUUGAUGCAAGGCGACGCGAGGCACCCGAAGGCCCCUCUAGGAAACAACUUCAGGCCUCCACAGCCACUGCACCACCGGGCAGUGCGGACUAAUAUUGACUUUGACUUGAGCAAGUAUCCUGGCAAAACUUGCCCCAGCAUGCAUCGUGACAUGCACUAUAAAGCCUUUAUCGAUUUUGGAAGUACGUGUAAUACAAUAACUGAAACAGUUUGUAAGGAAUUAAAUUUAGAAUUUUAUACUUGUACGCGUAAUAUCGUUAUAAGAGGUUUCGGAGGCUCAAAGAUAACACCAAUUGGCGAGGUUGUAGUAAAUGUUAAUGUUGAUGAAGCCAUUUGUGAAACAAAGGCUUACAUUGUUCCUGACAUUGCUCAGGGCAUUGGUGUUAUCAUCGGGCAACCUUUUACGGAAUAUCCAAAUGUUUACGUGAUUAAAACUCCUACAUCAUUAAAUAUGUACAACGCAAAUAUUUUAACCGAAUUACCGAACAUACAUGAAACAGCAGAUCGCAUUAGACUCGUGACCGAUGAAACUGUCGUUUUA